AUGGCCGCUGUAAAACCUGUGUGGAACUACGAGCUCGCUCGCCGGUUGACUGUUACAGCGGCGGGCGACCGCCCCGUACUCCAGCAGCAGCAGCUUCCUUCCCCAUGCCGUCUUCCCCGCUUCCUCUUUGACCCCCCCCUUCGCGGCCUCGUCGCCAGUUCCCCACAGUCACCUUCGCGCACAUACACGAGCGCGCACGCAGGAGCAGCUCACUGCUCACUCCGCCAGCGGCAAGCUAGAUUCGAGCUAUUCAGCUAUAUAAGUAGCCAUCUCCUCGUCGUCUUCCUCACUUCUCUAGCCAGCGCCCACGCCAAUGACUCGACGACAAGGUCGGCAGGCUUGAGUGAGCAGGAGCCAGUGAACUGCAGCAAGAUCGAAGCCAUGAGACUAGCAGCCGCACUACUUGUGAUCCUCGCCGCCGCCGCAUCUAUGAGCUUCUUCCUCCUUCUUGUGCCAGCUGCCGCCUCCAGGCCGUCUCCCCUGUUCUCCUCUUCCACGGGUGGCAUGGCGGCCGGGAAGGAGGAGGAGGAGAAGGUGCGGCUGGGGUCGAGCCCGCCGAACUGCCGCAACAAGUGCUACGAGUGCAGCCCCUGCGUCGCGGUGCAGGUGCCCUCCCUCUCCGCUCCGUCCAGGCCAGCUGCCACCACGGCGCGCGCCGGCGCCGGCGACGUCGUGGCGGCGCGCGGGGGCGUGCCGCUGCCACCGCCGCUCGUGACGCUCUCCGAAUACAAGCCGCUCUGGUGGAAGUGCCAGUGCCGCGACCGCCUCUACGAGCCCUGA